AACCGUGCCUUGCGUUGCCGAAGUUCGUAUCGUUUGCAGAAGGGGUGUAAUGGUGGUUGAAGGUGUAGUUUCUGUAAUUAUUUUUUUGUAAUUUCGGUAUAGGUAAUAGUAUAUUUUUAUGGAAAUGUGUACAUCGUGUGAAGACGCCAUUUCGGAUUUUGUGGGCAGACACUUGGCCCUUCUUGAAGAAGAGAGGAAAGAAGAAUGCGAACAGGCAAUUAGGUUAAUUACUACUUCCCAAGGUAUCGGUUGUCUGAAAAAUGUAUCAGUUUUUUCUUAUAGUUCAUGUUUAGGCGGAUACGUGUUAGUUGAGUUUCGAAGUGCCAAAAAUAGUGUAUUACAAGUACAUAGUCUAGCAUGUAGAGAUGUGGUUGGUGUGAUAGAAGGAUCCAAUAUUCGGGAUACGCCAAUUGCAACAGGUGUUGUUAAAUUCAGUACGAACGAAGGCAUUGGAGUUUCAUUUGAAGAUAUUGACAAUUUCAGUGAAGAAGAUGGAGUUGUUUAUACACUAGUGAAAUUAGCAAAUGAUGUAACCUAUUCUCGUUUAAAGUCUAGUUUAAAAUCUUUGGCUCAAAUAAGGAAACCUGGUAAAGUACUUACAGAACUGUUAUUUGGCGAAAAUACUUGCUUGGAACGAAGUUCACUUUCUCCCCUCGUGCUUAAUCCCAAGGGAGAGAUAAAUUACAUUAAUGACAGUCUCCAUGCAGAUCAAAAAGAGGCAGUCAAAUUUGCACUUGAAAUGAAGAAUCUGGCUGUGAUUCAUGGACCACCUGGCACUGGGAAGACAACAACAUUGGUGGAAAUAAUACUUCACAUGAUUCAAGCAAGAAGUAAAGUUCUGGUAUGUGCCCCAUCCAACAUAGCUGUGGAUAAUUUAGUAGAGAGGCUGGCCAAUCACAAUGUGAAGAUGGUACGCUUAGGCCACCCAGGACGUGUGAUGGAUAGUAUAACAAGAUAUUCCUUAGAUGCUGUUGUGGAUACCAGUAGCAGCACACAAAUUAUCAAAGAUGUCCGAAAGGAAAUGAAUUAUGUUUUGAGAAAGUUAAAGGCUAGACAUCGUAACGAGACAUUUUCUGAACUUCACAGUGAAUUAAAGUACCUUCGGAAGGAACUGCAGCAAAGAGAAUCACGUGCUCUGAAUGAAGUGUUGCAGGGAUCAGAUGUAGUGCUUUCAACUCUUGUCACAUCAAGUGAUGUGGGACCUCUUAAACAUCUUCCUGAUGAUCACUUUCAUUGUGUUAUAAUUGACGAGUGCUCUCAGGCGUUGGAAGCUGCAUGUUGGAUAGCACUUCCAAGAGCUCCUAAAGCUAUUUUUGCAGGAGAUUACCUGCAGCUUCCACCUACGGUGAUUAGUCAGAGGGCUGAGCAGGGAGGUUUAGGUUUGAGUCUCAUGGAGAGAGCUGUGGAAAAAUUCGGAACUGAGGGAUAUCGGUUACUGAAGCGUCAGUUUCGAAUGCAUACUGAUAUUAUGACUUGGCCAUCCCAGGAGAUGUAUGGAGGACAAUUAGAGGCAGACCCAUCUGUUGCAAGUCAUUUACUGAAACAUCUUCCUCUAGUGAAGUCUACGGAUGAAACUGAAAUGACUCUGUUGCUUGUAGACACUGCUGGUUGUCAUUUAGAAGAGGAGGAUUUUGAAACAUCUCGAUGUAACAGAGGAGAAGCAGGUAUCAUUGCCAUUCUCAUAAAAAAACUGGUAGCUGCCAAUGUUCAAGAAAAUUCUAUUGCUGUGAUAACUCCGUAUAAUUACCAGGUGGAUAUGAUAAGGGCUUAUGUCACUCACUUAAAGGGCAUAGAAGUGCGAUCUGUGGAUGGAUUUCAGGGUCGUGAAAAAGAAGCCAUUCUGCUCUCUAUGGUUCGAUCAAAUCCACAGAGGGAGUUGGGGUUUAUCUGUGAUCGGCGCAGACUAAAUGUUGCAGUUACCCGUGCUCGGAGAUUUUUGUGUGUUGUGGCUGAUUCUAGUACAGUGUGUUAUGACAGCACAUUGGAAAGUUUGAUCAGUUACAUUGGUCAGCAUGGUGUUGUCCAUUCUGCAGAACAAUAUUUGUCAGAUAUGGAAACUCCGAAGGAAGUCCUACAAAACCUAAAGCUCCAAUCUCAUAGGAAGGUAAAAAAUGAAAAAGGAGCUCAGAUGAAACCAAAGAGGCAAAAGAAGAAGAGUAUUGAGGCUCAAGAAAAGUUGGAUGUGAAUAUUGCAAGUGAGAUGGAGAAUCAGCAGGCAGAAGGUGAACAAGUAACAGAGGAUUAUUAUCAGUCAUUUCUUCAAGAAUUUGUUAAUAAAUCAGAGCAAAUGGAGUUGAAGUUUCCAAAAUCUUUAUCAGCAUAUGAUAGAAGAUUAAUUCAUGAAGCAGCCUCAAAACUUAACCUUCUUCAUACCAGUGUUGGUAAAGGAAAUGAUAGGUACAUUGUGGUUAAUAAAGUAUCUGCUGCUAGACGAUUUAAUGGAAACAUGAACACUUUAGACAAAUCUAAUGAUAUUUUGGAAGAUAAAAUUGGAGAAUCAAAUUAUUUCUCCAGUCAGCAUGUAAAGUGUACGGCAAAGCAGGUUAUAAAUCCUUUAGCAAAUCUGUCUACCCCAAAACCAUAUGGGCAUAGUGACAUGAAGAAAUCUGAAUAUAAGAAAGGUGAAAAAGCUAUUAAAAAAUCAAGAAAAAGGCAGGAGCCUGAAGAUUUUGAUUCUGUAAUUGCAGAGUUUCAAGAAAUGGACAAGAGAUGUUCAUGGAGCAGUUGCAGAAUUCCAACAGAUUUAGUUGGAUUAAGUUGUACUUAUUGUAAACAAAGAUUUUGUAUAAGCCAUGGCCUUCCUGAGGUACAUGGUUGUGGAGAGGCUGCUCGCAAGUCAGCCAAACAUGAAUUUCAUCAUCCUAAACCAGUAAAACCUGAUCUUCUCAAGAGAAGCUCUCUGAGCAAGAAGUUGGAGAAGAAACUUACACAGAUGGCUGAAGAAAGGAAGUCUCAGAAAAAGGAAUCUUAAAACCCUUCAUACUAUGCAGUAGUAUAAUAAAUAUAAAAACCAACUACUUUUACUCACUGUUUUACUAGUGCAAGUACAUGGCAUUGGCUCUCAGCAACAACCGGGAAUAAUUCAAUUCAUUUAUUUAAGUGUUUACCAACAGCAAGAAGCCAAUAACAGGCACACACUGAUAAUACAUACAAUAAUAAUGAAAAAUAUUUCAGAAACAGAUUAACUAAACAUAGGGCAGUCAAAAAGUUCCCGGAAUUCCCCUGCAGAUGGAGAAUGAGCGAUAAGAUAGCGCACGCAAGUGUUGUGGUGGGCAGUUGAGCAUGUCUGCUCGCAGUGGCAACAGGUCUGGACAGGUUUCGGCGUGCCGUGUCGUUACUGUUCAGUUUCAAUUAGACGUGGGUGUAGGUCAUUCGGCGCAAUGUCGCAGUUCGAACAACGUAUAAACGUCAAGUUCAUGUGCAAAUUG